AAAGGGCGUGUGGCGUGUCCACUUCUUCGCCAUACUUUCACAAUUUCUCGUUCUUUCUUCUCUAUCUUAUAAUAUCAGUAUACACUAACAGACUAACUAGCAAUAUCAUUAGUGUAAAAUCAACUUCAAUAACAACUAACAAUAACCAAAAAUGGCAGCAAUGCUGAAUACCGUUGCAACAUUACCAUUAAAAAGUAUUGCCAGCACUUGUAAAUCUCCUCACCCUUUAUUCUUUCCUACUACUAGUGGUACUACCUUCACCGAUAACCAUUGCUCGUCGGAUUCGAUUUCGUCGAGAUUGUCUACUUAUACUAGAAGAAGAGAUUGCAUUGUUUGCUCUGGUGUUAAGAAAAGCAACAAUGAAGAAAUUACGAGUACUGAUGAUGUUGAAGUUUAUGAAUCCGAAGAAUUGGAUUUGAAGAAUGAAACUAUGCUUUAUUCAAUCAAUCCUAUGUCGUUGAUGCUAUUGGCUGCCCUUCCCGGAGCUGAAACAGUGAGGUCAGCAUUUGCACCUUUUGUGGAGAUAGUAAAGUCAUUGAACCUUCCAGAUUGGCUUGUUCAUUGGGGUCAUCCUGGUAACAUGGCAGUGGUGCUUUUCGCAAUGGGUGGGUAUGGUACUUACCUUGGUUUCCGCAUACGCUUCUCAGAUGAUGUGGAGGAGAAGGCUAAAGCUAAAGACUUACACCCAAAGCUAUUGGCAGGAAUGUUUUUCUUCUUUGCUCUUGGGGCUACUGGAGGCGUAACGUCUUUGCUAACCUCAGAUAGACCCAUCUUUGAGAGUCCUCAUGCUGUCACUGGUGUUAUAGGCCUAGCACUUUUGACCUUACAAACUAUCUUACCAACACUAUUUGAGGGAAAUCCUGGGCUGAGGAAUGUUCAUGGCAUCUUAGGAAGUGGGAUCAUGACUUUCUUUGUUGUCCAUGCUGCCUUAGGACUCCAACUCGGCUUGAGCUACUAAACAAAUAUUCUCUAUCUAGAGCUUAUAGUCACAUUAUUAGUGUAAUUCAAGGUUCAAACUUCAAACUCAUGUCACAAAAUUUUGAAAUUCUAACAUCAGAGAAAGUACAGUAUAUGAAGCAUUCACCAUGUAUUUGUCUUAUUUACUUGGGGCAAUUUAUGUUAAGAAAUACUCCCUCCGUCCCUUUAUUUUUACCUCUA